ACGCACCAUGACGUUCAAGCAAGCCUCCAUGAUGGCUCCGGAGGCCGUGGCCACCACGAUGCCCAUGGCAACGAUGGAGAACUCCACCGAGGCCGCGGGCCCGGGUGAGAGCAAAGAGGACAUGUUCGCCAAGCUGAGGGAGAAGUUCAUGAAUGAGCUGAACAAGAUUCCCUUGCCACCCUGGGCCCUCAUCGCCAUUGCUGUGGUGGCUGGGCUGCUUAUCCUCACCUGUUGCUUCUGCAUCUGCAAGAAGUGCUGCUGCAAGAAGAAGAAGAACAAGAAGGAGAAGGGCAAAGGCAUGAAGAAUGCCAUGAACAUGAAGGACAUGAAAUCGGGGAACCAGGACCAACAGGAUGACGAUGAUGCGGAAAUGGGCCUGACAGAAGGGGAAGGUGAGGAGGAGGAGAAGGAGCCGGAGAACCUGGGCAAGCUGCAGUUCUCGCUGGACUAUGAUUUCCAGGCAAACCAGCUGACAGUGGGGAUCCUCCAAGCUGCCGAACUGCCAGCUUUGGACAUGGGUGGCACCUCGGACCCAUACGUCAAGGUGUUCCUGCUCCCUGACAAGAAGAAGAAAUAUGAGACCAAAGUGCAGAAGAAGACACUCAAUCCUGCCUUCAAUGAGACCUUCACCUUCAAGGUCCCCUACCAGGAGCUUGGUGGGAAGACGCUGGUGAUGGCCAUCUAUGACUUUGAUCGCUUCUCCAAGCACGACAUCAUUGGUGAAGUGAAAGUGCCCAUGAACACAGUGGACCUGGGCCAGCCCAUCGAGGAAUGGCGGGACCUGCAGAGUGGUGAGAAGGAGGAGCCAGAGAAGCUUGGGGAUAUUUGCAUCUCCCUCCGGUACGUGCCCACUGCUGGGAAACUCACUGUCUGCAUCCUGGAGGCCAAGAACCUGAAGAAGAUGGACGUUGGGGGUCUCUCAGAUCCCUACGUGAAGAUCCAUCUGCUGCAGAAUGGCAAGAGGUUGAAGAAGAAGAAGACUACAGUCAAGAAGAAGACUUUAAACCCCUACUUCAAUGAGUCUUUCAGCUUCGAGAUCCCCUUCGAGCAGAUACAGAAAGUGCAGGUCGUCAUCACAGUCCUCGAUUACGACAAGUUGGGGAAGAACGAAGCCAUCGGCAAGAUCUUCACGGGCUGCAACUCCACGGGCACGGAGCUGCGGCACUGGUCCGACAUGCUGGCCAACCCCCGGCGGCCCAUUGCCCAGUGGCACUCGCUGAAGCCGGAGGAGGAAGUAGAUGCAGCUCUUGGGAAAAACAAAUAGGAAAAAUCUGCUGGCCAGCACGGCACGGGCCUGUGGACAUUUUAAGUGACCCCGAGCUACUGAUACCUCAGUUACGCAACCUUUGGUUUUGUUGUUUUUUGUUUUAAGCUGAAAUACCCUUUGAAGGCUGUGGAAGGGUUUUCAAACAGUCCCAAUAGCUUCAGGGGAAGAGGUGAAAGACAUGGAUUUAUUUUUUGUUUGUCAGCAUCGCUCUGUUCUGCUGCAUGUCCCAUUGCCUCCCCUCGCUGUCCCGUCCAGGGUGCAAAGCAACCGUCAGUCCUGGGGCCUUCCCAGGUCGCAGCAUCACCAGCCCACAGCAACGUUUCCUCCAUCCUCCUGCUUGGGUUCACACGGGGAACCGUCGAACAUUGCAUGGAGACGAUACCAGAGCCUGGUAAUGUGAGAUGACCAGACCCACUGUGCUUGCUUGGGGCAUGCAAACCUCCGUGGACAUCAAAGCGAUGGAGAGACCUGGAUGCCUCCCCUCUCUUGCUCUGCCUCCCUUCACCCUUCCUCGUUGGGAAGGGACAGAGAC